GCCGCCACCGGCGCCAACCGUGUGCGGCGAGUCCAUAUAAAAUGUAUGAAAAUUACAGGAAAUAUGCCAGUGGCGGCGUUUUGUGGUUGUGGCCGGUGGCCCGUGUGCGGGAGCCCUUAGUGUCGCCGCACACGAGCCACUCGCCACAGCCACAAACGCCGCCACGAGAAGCUAUAAGCGGCUACAAAGGUAGCUGAAGCGCGCGACAGCCACUUGUGGCCGGUGGUCGACACUUGCGGUCGGUGGCUGCUACUUUUUUUAACCCUUACGUGCAGUAUCAUAAUGGACUCUGACGAAGAAGGUUUAAUUGCGCUACUUUUGAUAAAAAGACGUCGUCGUAGAAGACGAAACCGUAGUUAUUGGAUACAUCCAAUUUUAACGAAUGUACACAAAUGCAACGAACAUUUCGAUAAUCUUCUAAACCAUCCUAAAAAGUUUUUCAAACAUUUUCGUUUAAGCAUAGGUACGUUUUGGGAACUACAUGCUCUAUUAUAUGCUGGAUUAAAGCACCACGAUACCAACAUGCGGAAAAGCAUCGCACCUGCGGAAAGACUAGCUAUCACAUUAAGGUAUCUAGGAACUGGAUGCUCGUUUGAGGAUUUUGAACUCUCUUACCACCGUGGGGCCACUACAGCAAGGAAAAUAGUACAAGAAACAUGUCAACUAAUUUGGAACUAUUUAAAAGCCGUUUGUAUUCCAGAACCGACCCAAGACAUGUGGAAAGAAAUUGCCAGCGGAUUUCUUCAAAAUACUAAUUUUCCUAAUUGUUUAGGCGCCAUAGAUGGGAAACAUAUAAGAAUUAUUCAUCCAUUCGAUACCGGCUCCUUGUACUUUAACUAUAAAAAAUUUUUUUCAAUAGUACUUCUUGCAACUUGCGACUCGAAUUUACUUUUUACGUUCGUGGAUGUUGGGGCAUACGGUAAAGCAUCCGAUUCUACAAUAUUUAGAGAAAGUGAACUGUGUAAUAAAAUACACAGAAAUACAUUAAAUAUCCCCUCACCACGACAGGUCGGUAAUCGACAACCAUUGAACUAUACAUUUGUUGGUGAUGAAGCAUUUGGCCUCAGUGAAAAUAUGAUGAGGCCAUAUGCUGGAAAAUAUUUGGACUUAGACAAAAAAGUUUUCAAUUAUAGGUUAAGCCGUGCCAGACGUUGCAUUGAGUGUACCUUCGGCGUACUAGCAAACAAAUGGAGAAUAUUACAUCGCCCAUUAAACACUUCUGUUCAUUUCUCAGAAGACAUUGUGAAAGCUUGUUGCAUUUUGCACAACUUUAUUCGCAAAAGGGAUGGUUUCAAUUUUCGGCACACUUUGAAAAUAGUGGGACUCGAAAAUAUACAAAAUACAGGCUGGCCAGUAACACGAGCGUCUACUGCAAGAGAUACGUUAAAAGAUUAUUUUAUGUAUGAAGGAGCAAUACCGUGGCAAGAAAAUAGAAUAUAAAUAUAUGGUUUUAUAUUAUUUUAUUAAACUUACCUUCAAUGUUCUUUU